AUUCAUUACUCCUCCACAGAGUGGAGCAGGAGAGAGCAGAGGUUUCCACUGGUCAGUCUGCACAGCAACAUCAAACACACCUGGACUCUGUGGUUAUGCGGCUGGAGGACAACAUCACCAUGUUUGUGAAGAACGAGCUGAAGAAGAUCCAGAAGCUUCUGAGUCCAGAUCACCCAGAAACUUUAAAGAGCCAGAUGGAGGAUGAGGAGAUGUUUGAAGGUGAGGAUGAAGAUGAAAGAAAGAGCUGCAGAGAAGCAUUUCUGAAGAUCACACUCCACUUCUUGAGGAGACUUAAGCAGCAUGAGAUGGCUGACCAUCUGCAGAGCAAAAUAUUUGCUCCACUCUGUAAACGUGAACUUAAAGCCCAACUGAAGAAGAAGUUCCAGUGUGUGUUUGAGGGCAUCGCUAAAGCAGGAAGCCCAACCCUUCUGAAUGAGAUCUACACAGAGCUCCACAUCACAGAGGGAGGGACUGCAGAGGUCAAUGAUGAACAUGAGGUCAGACAGAUUGAAACAGCAUCCAAGAAAGCAGACAGACCAGAAACAACAAUCAGACAAGAAGACAUCUUUAAAGCCUCACCUGGAAGAGACGAACCAAUCAGAACAGUGCUGACAAAGGGAGUGGCUGGCAUUGGGAAAACAGUCUUAACACAGAAAUACAGCCUGGACUGGGCUGAAGACAAAGCCAACCAGGACAUCCAGUUCAUAUUUCCAUUCACUUUCAGAGAGCUGAAUGUGCUGAAAGAGGAAAAGUUCAGCUUGGUGGAACUUGUUCAUCACUUCUUUAAUCAAACUAACCAAUCAGGAAUCUGCAGGCUUGAAGACUUCCAGGUUGUGUUCAUACUUGAUGGUCUGGAUGAGUGUCGACUUAAUUUGGACUUCAACAAAACUAAAAUCCUGACUGAAACCAGAAAGUCCACCUCAUUGGAUGAGCUGCUGACAAACCUCAUCAGAGGGAACCUGCUCCCUUCUGCUCGCCUUUGGAUAACAACACGACCUGCAGCAGCCAAUCAGAUCCCUCCUCAGUGUGUCGACAUGGUGACAGAGGUCAGAGGGUUCACUGACCCACAGAAGGAGGAGUACUUCAGGAAGAGAUUCAGAGAUGAGGAGCAGGCCAACAGGAUCAUCUCCCACAUCAAGAAAGCUCGAAGCCUCCACAUCAUGUGCCACAUCCCAGUCUUCUGCUGGAUCACUGCUACAGUUCUGGAGGAUGUGCUGGAAACCAGAGAGGGAGGACAGCUGCCCAACACCCUGACUGAGAUGUACAUCCACUUCCUGGUGGUUCAGGCCAAAGUCAAGAGGAUCAAAUAUGAUGGAGGAGCUGAGACAGAUCCACACUGGAGUCCAGAUAGCAGGAAGAUGAUUGAGUCACUGGGAAAACUGGCUUUUGAUCAGCUGCAGAAAGGAAACCUGAUCUUCUAUGAACCAGACCUGACAGAGUGUGGCAUCGAUAUCAGAGCAGCCUCAGUGUACUCAGGAGUGUUCACACAGAUCUUUAAAGAGGAGAGAGGACUGUACCAGGACAAGGUGUUCUGCUUUGUUCAUCUCAGUGUUCAGGAGUUUCUGGCUGCUCUUCAUGUCCACCUGACCUUCAUCAACUCUGGACUCAAUCUGCUGGAAGAAGAUCAAACAACUUGGAAGGUGUUUCAAACAAGAAAAUCUUCAGAGAAAUACUUCUACCAGUGUGCUGUGAACAAGGCCUUACAGAGCCCCAAUGGACACCUGGACUUGUUCCUUCGUUUUCUCUUGGAUCUGAAGACUAAUCAAAGUUGUUUGCAAGGCCUGAUGACACAAACAGGAAGUAGCUCACAGACCAAUCAAGAAGCAGUCCAGUACAUCAAGAAUAAGCUCAGUGAGAAUCUGUCUGCAGAGAAAAGCAUCAAUCUGUUCCACUGUCUGAAUGAACUGAAUGAUCGUUCUCUACUGGAGGAGAUCCAACAGUCCCUGAGAUCAGGACGUCUCUCCACAGAUGAACUGUCUCCUGCUCAGUGGUCAGCUCUGGUCUUCAUCUUACUGUCAUCAGAAAAAGAUCUGGAUGUGUUUGACCUGCAGAAAUACUUUGCUUCAGAGGAGGCUCUUCUGAGGCUGCUGCCAGUGGUCAAAGUGUCUAAAAAAGCUCUGUAAGUUAUAAAGUUUUUAUUAUUUAAUUUGGUUGGUAUGUUAUGGAAA